AUGUUGUUUCUCCCUUGCCGUGCAUCUGCUUCUUGUGAUCAAGUGGAUCGCGACGCACUCUUAUCCUUCGAUUUUAAGGCCUCAUCACCAUUGAAUUGGUCUGCUUCCUCAGACUGUUGCUUUUGGGAAGGAAUAAUCUGUGGUCCAGAUGAUCGAGUCCUGCAUCUGUGGUUGCCUGGGAGAGGCUUAAGCGGUUCAGUCUCUCCAGCUAUCACCAACCUCACUUAUCUCACCCACCUCAAUCUUUCGCACAAUAGCCUGUUUGGUCUACUCCCGGAUGGCUUGUUCUCCUCCCUCUUUAGCCUCCAAGUUCUAGACUUAAGCUUCAAUCGUCUCAACGGCCAGUUACCAAAUUCACCUACUGAAGCCAGCAAGCUUGAGAUUGUAGACUUGUCCAGCAAUUACUUCAAUGGAACAAUCCCAUCUGUGGCUUCUGACUCUCUAUCCUUUUUCAAUGUCAGCAAAAAUAGCCUUGCUGGCUCCAUUCCUAUCUCUGUUUUCUGCAAAAAUAGCAGCAACCACAACAACCUCACCUUUUUAGAUGUAUCCUUCAACAGAUUUACUGAUCCAAUUCCCACUGGCCUUGCCUCUUGUUCCAAGCUCCAGAUUUUCCGUGCAGGCUUCAAUGCUCUGUCUGGUCGUCUCCCUGAUGACAUUUUUAGCCUUGCUGAUCUCCAACAGCUUUCCCUACCCUUCAACCGCUUAUCAGGAAACAUUGGCAAUGGCAUUGUAGGAUUAACCAGUCUGAAGAUCCUGGAGCUCUACUCAAACCAAUUCGUGGGGAAUAUACCCACCCAAAUUGGUAGCCUUGUCAUGUUGGAGGAUCUGGUCCUCCACAGUAACAACCUCACAGGUGCGUUACCUCCAUCUCUCAACAACUGCACAAAUCUAUCCACCUUGAGUUUGCGUGAUAACAACUUAACAGGAGACCUCUCUGCCUUCAAUUUCUCUACGUUCCAAUUCCUCACCACACUUGACCUUGGCAACAAUAACUUCACUGGUAAGUUACCGCAAAGUCUCUACUCGUGCAAGUCAUUGACAGCAAUUAGAUUGGACAGCAAUAAUCUCCAAGGGCAGAUAUUACCUGAAAUAGUUGCAUUAGAAUCCCUUGCUUUCCUCUCCAUCUCUAACAACAACUUUACCAACGCCACCGGGGCCUUUAUGGUUCUAAUGGGUUGCAAGAAUCUCACCACUCUGGUCCUCACCAAGAGUUUUCUGUUGGAACCUUUGCCAAAUGAUGAAAGCCUGGCAGACCUAGAUGGAUUUGACAAACUCCAAGUUCUUGCUAUGGGUGGUUGCAAGUUUACAGGUCAAGUGCCCACCUGGAUAGCCAAGCUUAAGAAUCUUCAAGUCUUGGACCUGUCAUAUAACCUUAUAACCAGCACUGUUCCAGGUUGGUUGGGUAGUCUACCCAAGCUGUUCUACAUGGACUUGUCCAAUAACCUCCUUACUGGAUCAUUCCCUGGGGAGCUCUGCGGAAUGCCAUCUUUGACAUCAAAAGAGGCCAACGAAAAAGUGGAACAAAGUUUUCUAGAGUUACCAGUUACUGUGAUGUCCAAAAAUGGUACUAAUCAGCAAUACAAGCAGUUCUCUCAACUUCCCCGAGCACUAUACCUUGGUUGGAAUAGCCUCAGUGGCAAUAUCCCUAUUGAGAUUGGUCAAUUGAAGUUUCUUCAAGUGAUCGAUCUUAGCCAUAAUAACUUCUCUGGUAGCAUCCCAGAUCAGAUGUCAAACCUAUCUAACCUAGAGAAAUUGGAUCUCUCGUAUAACCAUCUAUCUGGUGCAAUCCCUGCUUCCCUUACAGCUCUGAAUUUCCUUUCUUUCUUCAGUGUUGCAUACAAUGAUCUUCAGGGUUUUGUACCAUCUGGGGGUCAGUUCAAUACUUUUACCAUCUCCAGCUUUGAAGGAAAUACAAGAUUAUGUGGCUAUCAAACUGCGCAGCUAUCUUGCCUUCGCCUUCUAAGUCCUGCAAUCCCUCCUGUAUCUUCAGGUACUCAGAGAUCUUCAGAUAAGACUCUAAGUGCACUCAUCUUUGGGAUCACUUUCGGCAUUUUCUUGGUUUAAAUUUUGUUAUUGGUAUUAGCAUUGAUGAGUAAUGACAACAAAUUCCAUUACUAAGUUGGUGUAAGAAAAAGAAUAGUUCUUCACUGGAAUAAGAAGUAGAAUUCUUCAGUGCGUGUAUGUGAUAAAACCUGUUAUUGGUAUUA